UUUGAGUCCAACAAGUUCAAACUCUAAGAGCCGCGCAUUAUUUGUGUGCAUUAUUAACGUGUGUUACUAACUGAAACACUACUGCCAGCCAGCGGGACAUUAAAGGGGAAGUGUUCGUCCGAGCUCACAGCAAACGAUUAUAACUUUGCGAGGGAACGCAAACAUCUUUGCGUGGGAACGCAAAAGUUUUGAAAAAAAAAAAAAAAUCCUCCCAUCCCAAUUUUUUUUCCACCACCACGUAAAAUUUCCUUCCUUCCCAUUUUUUUUUCUACCACCAUGUCCCUUUAGGGGCUCCGUAUAAAUCUCUUCUAAGGUCAAGACUGAAUUUAUUUGUGUCUGCUAAAGGAAAAAAAAAUUAAAAGGAAAAUUUAAUUUAUUCAACGAAGAUGUUUAAUAGAGGGAGCUCCUGCUGCAGACACUAUAUUUCAUAGAGAGGAGGAGCAAAUGAGAGAGAGAAACUGAGAGUGUGUGAGAGAGAGAGAGAGAGAGAGAGAGAGAGAGAGCAGCUCUUCAUGAAGUCUGUCCACCAGCAGCACACAGAUAAAGCAGAAUGAUCCUCAUCUGUGAUCAUAAACUUCUCAUAUUUAACCUGCUGCUCAUCAUGUCAGUGGUGGCAUGUGAGAUGAAGAUCUUGACUUUCACUGCUUAUGAAGGAGGAAAAGUUGAAAUACGGUGUCCCUAUGAGUCUGGAUAUGAAACAUAUAAGAAAUAUCUCUGCAGAGGAAAAUGUAAAGUACUGGAUAAAGACAUUCCUGUUGAAUCUGGAUCUGCUAAAGACGAGAGAUUCUCUCUGACCGAUAACACAACGAGCCACAUCUUCACCGUCACCAUCACUGAUCUGAGAACAGAAGAUCAAGGACAAUACUGGUGUGCUGUGGAGACAGAAAUUAUAAAAACAGAUCUCUACACAGAGAUUCAUCUGGAGAUUAAACAUGGUAAGUCAGAAUAUACUGUAUGAGUGAAAUAGUUCAUCAGUGCACACAGAUAUGGUGUAAAAUACAUAAGCAUAACUAAUAUAUCACUAAUAUACUGGAAAAGUAACAUUACAGAAGUCUCUUUAUGUCUGUGAGAGUAUGUAUCGUGUGUUAUAAAGAUGUAAAGAGGCGAGAUAACAGAAACCACAGUAUCCUCUGCAGAUGAUGAUGAUGUUCACACCACACAAAUACUGACCCACAUCACUUCCUGGCACAUCAC